AUGCCGUCCUUAAUACCAAUACUUAUAUUACUGUGUUCCAGGACUUUGGAGGCAUUUUACGGCAUAAUAUCCGACUGUGACGAGGUGUUCAAUUAUUGGGAACCCUUGAAUCUGAUUACGAGGCUUUUUGGCAAGCAAACCUGGGAGUACUCGCCUGAAUAUGCGAUCAGGUCGUACGCUUAUCUGCUGCCGUUCACCGUGUUUAACAAGCCGCUCAGGAUUCUGGCAACAUUGGUACCAAGCGUGCAGAUUCCACCUUAUUUACAAUUUUAUCUUGUGAGGCUCUCCAUUGCUCUUUUAACAGCGUCCGCGGAGAUACAUCUGGCCAACACUUUAGCGUACAUUUCGCCUGAUCUGUCCAACUGGUUUCUGGUCUUACAAGCAGUCAAUCCGGGUAUGUCCCAUGCUUCCAUAAGUCUUCUUCCCAGCUCGUUCAGCAUGAUUUUGAUGCUUCUAUCCACCGCCUCCAUAGUCAACUACCUGAAAUAUGACAGGUUUAUUCUGAAAAUUCAGAACAGCAUUAAUGAAAAGCUGCGAUCUUUGGUCAAGGCAAAGACCUCAGACUACGACGAAAGUCUUAAGCUACUCAAUCAUAUGUACACGGAAUCCAUUGUCGCCAGAAAGAAGCAUUUCACUAUGGCCAUUCUUUCUGCCGUAAUUGGCGGUCUUCUAGGAUGGCCCUUUUCCCUGGCACUAACCAUUCCUUUCGGCCUCUACGUCGGAGUCACACUGGUUUCAAGAAAGUCUUACUCCCAGUUACUCACAUUUGGUGGACUAGGGUUUGCGGCAGUAUUAUUCAUCUCUAUUGCCAUCCUACAAAUCGAUUCUUUAUUUUACAGAGAAACAAGUUUUGUGCCAUUGAACAUCGUGCUGUACAAUGUGCUAUACUCGGACGAAAAAACGGGACCCAAUAUAUUUGGAACUGAGCCAUUGAUUUACUACAUUCACAAUCUCCUGCUCAACUUCAAUAUUGUGGUGCCUUUGGCUGUUCUGGGAAUUCUGUCUCCAGUCGCAUUUGAGAGAUUCAACCUGAAGCAGAUAAAAACAGUUCAGGCCCCAAUCCUUCUUUGGUGUGCAAUUUUCUUUUUCCAGCCUCACAAAGAGGAACGCUUCCUAUACCCAAUCUAUCCUUUGAUCACAUUGUCCGCCUCAUUUUUCAUUUCACAAAUUACCCAAAUAUUUGGCAAGACGUGCUUCUUCGCUAGAGUCUACACAUUUUUGUGCAGACUGGCCGUGUUCAUGACCAUUUUCACUGUCUCAGUCUUGCGAAUUGUUUCCCUGGUGUCAAACUAUAGCUCACCCUUAGCGGUUUUCCGACGCCUGCCUACAUCAAGCACCAAUGUCACUGAAAAUGUCUGCAUUGGCAGAGAAUGGUAUCACUACCCUUCCUCAUUCUUCUUGCAUUCUAACCAGCGGCUGAGAUUUGUUGAAAGUGGUUUUAGGGGUAUGCUUCCAGGAGACUUUAUAGAGCCAUCUUCCAAUUCUUGGACUGCCCUGUUUAAUUCUACAUCGACAAAGCCCCAGGGAUUCAACAAUGAAAAUCGAUACAAUCCAGAUUUGGUUAUUCCAUUCAGCCAGUGCGAUUACUAUGUUGACCUAGAUAUGCCUGUAAAUCCAGAUGUCGGCGAGGUUCAAGUGUUUGACAAGGCCAAUGCAUUGGGGGAUUGGGAGAUUCUUGUAUGUGAAAAAUUCCUCGACACGGAAAAUAGCUAUGGUGUCGACAAGAUCCUUUAUGUCCCAACUAAGGAGAUUAACCUUUUGAGUGAAUGGUUGGAGUCCUUGUACACGAUAGUGCAAGAUAAUCCUCACGUACAAAACCUUUUGUCGUGGGUAAAAAAGAGAUAUAAGCUCAUCAACGGCUUACUGGGACCCAAAUACGAAGCUUUCAAAAGGCACCCAUACGUACAGAAAGUUUUAAAUCACCAGCAUGUCGUCUUUUUACAAUUGCUAGCAGGGCAACUCAAGCGUUCAAUUAUCAGAAAAGCCUCAAAUAUUCAGAUACCACAGCCGGCAGUCAACUUUCUCAUCGAAGGACAGCUCCGAUACCACCAACUGUGUUUGGGAAAGCACAAGUAA